CAGCCCCUUUCAAUGACGGAAAUAUUGCGUCACGAAAAACAUGGUGGAUUAGUGUGUGUGCAUGGAGUCCGCUACCUGCCACUCGACGUCAAUUAAAGAAAGCUUAAUUCUUCCAGCAAACGACAUAUUCUUGAAGAGGUCAAAAUGUUUCGUCGGUCAAGAUUUAGUAUUCGACCCAACGUCGGUACGGCAGGGAGAACACCAGCAACAACUCAGGAUGCCACUUCAGUAAAUCAGGAAGCCAGUGAGAACCCCCAAAGCGUCAGUGAGAGCAGCACUGCUACUGCUGUGACAGAUAACAAGUCUGUUGUGACCCCAUCAGAAAAACCUACUGCCCCAGGGGAUGGUAAUGACCAAAAUGGGGAAGGCACCAGCUCCUCAGCAGCAGUCCAGAGAAGGAAGCGGUUUUCUAUCAAGCCCAAAGUGGCUCCAGGCCGCCCCUCCAGCCUUGCUCGGACACCAAAGUCACCGGUCAAGGCAGUCUCUGAAACUCUUGUUGAAGUCCCUUGCUCAGAACUUGACAAGUCAACAACGUCCAGCCAAACUGGGACUACAGCAGCCCCUCAGGGACUCAAGUCCCCAAGGCGACGGAGGCCUUCAGAAGAGAGCAAGCAGCCCACAGAGCAACCUAAACCCACCCUCAUCUCAUCUGACAAUUCGGGACGUUUAGCUGUAUCUCCAGCUGAAGACUCGCUAGAACAAAUCCACCUGCCAGCAGACAGCGGCAAACAAUUAGAAAUCACGUCAAAUAGUCAAGUUAAAGAAGUUCCCCCCAGACUACCAGAGAAAGCCCCCCCAUCUUUACCAGACAAAGAACAUAUUGAGAUAUCAGAGAAAGCCAAGACUCUAGUGUCAUCUAAGAGUGGGCUUUCACUGUCACCACCAGCGUUCUCCUUGAGCAGACUCCUGAAUGACCCAUCAGACUUACAGAGGCUUGCAAAGGCCCAAAAGCUCAGAGAGUUGCUCAGACAGGAGAUGCACAAAGAGAAGAAAAUCAAGAAAACAAAGGCACGUGCAAAAGAAUUUACUUUAGAUCCUGCAAAAAUGACCAUGAGGGACCUCAUCCGUUAUCUACCAGUGUCUAACCCCAUGACAUCUAGUUUAGAAGACUCUGCUCAAGAGAAUGAGACGGUGGUCCCACCUUCUCCAGGAAGAGAAGUGUCACCAGAGAGAGCGCAGGAACUUGAAGUCCACCCUAAAAUUGCAAGUCCGAGGGAGGAGGAAGAGGAGGAGGCAGAGGAAGAACAGGAAGAAGCUCUCAUGGUUCCUCAAGUCAAAGUAGCAGAGGAUGGCUCACUGAUCAUUGACGAAGAGAGCCUGACAGUGGAAGUCCAGCGAGCAAAAGGGCCAAACCCAGCACAGGAACGAGACCCUAUCUUUGAGCGUGGCUCUACUACAACUUACUCAAGCUUCAGGAAAGGGACCCAUUCGAAACCCUGGUCCAGUGAAGAGACAGACAUGUUCUUCCUGGCAGUUAGCAUGGUGGGAACAGACUUUUCCAUGAUUUGUCAACUGUUUCCUCACAGAGCACGAUCAGAGAUAAAGAACAAAUUCAAAAAAGAAGAGCGAGAGAAUGCCUGGAGGAUUGACAAAGCUUUCAGAGAGAGGCGCAAACUGGACAUAGAGUAUUUUUCUAAGCUGCUGGAUAAGAUUAUGGAAGUUCAGAAAAAUAGGAAGAAACUCAAGUCACUUGCAGAGAAGAACUCCCCCAAGAAGCACAAGAGAAAGGCAAAGGGCAAAGCUGCAAAGAAGCUGAGUGACGUGGAGGAGGAAAAUGAGGAAGUGGAGAAUAAAAUUCCUGACUUGGAGGAGGAGGGAGAGAAAGAGAAUGAGGACCUCUGUAAUGAGGGUGGAACACCUGUUUCUAAGCCUAAGAAGAAACGCAAAAGAAAUAAUAGACAGGAGGCCUUGACUGAGGAACCAAAUGACAAGAAAAACAAAACGGGUGAAAAAAGCAAUGAACAAGAUGACGCCUACACACCCGAAGACGCUGAAGCAGCACUUCCUGAAGACCGUACUAAUUUCGACAUAUCUGAUAAGACUGAGUCUAUGAAUUCAGCCAAGGACACCGCAAUCAAGCCAGCUAAACUCUCACGAGGAAGAGCACCUAAGCCAGUACUGCCUUUGGGCCGGAAGUGGGGUAAAAAGCCUCCACCACCCUCUACAAAGGCCAAAGAUACUGCGCCAGAUAAAGGGGACGAGAGUGUGAGUGAUGAAGCCUCUAAAAAGCAGGUAGAUAAUGAUACAUCACCAUUAAGGCAAGCCACUAAGAGGUCAGCUGAUGACAUUUCUUCUGAAGAAGAGGAUGCCACAGUUCAACCUCCAAGACCUACCAGGUAUGGGAGAGUGCCCAAACCCACCAAGCCCUUGACUUACCCUGCCAAAGAGAGUGCACACUCCUCUGCAUCUGAAACCACUCCUGCCUCACCAGGAGUUUCUGCUCCCAGGCCUAAACACAAAUGCACAGCCAAGAGGGGAAGAUUAUCAAAGUCACAAUCAUCCCAAGAGUCCAAAAAGCCCAAACUAGUCACCCUCAGAGCUUCGCAGUCAGAAUACAGUGAUGAGGAGAAUGAAAACCAGUGGGACGAAGAAGAGAUGGAGGAGGAGCAGCACCCUGCAUGUAGCUCCAGUAAGGACAGCAUUGCCCCUGUUUUUGUGCCUGUCAGCCUGCGUUCCCCACAUCCUGUAAUAUCAGAAGUGGAAGAGACUAUGGAGGAGCUUGAUAUCUUGGCCAAUAUACCUGAUGUGUUGGGCAUCUCCCAAGAUGCACUGUGCCCUGAUGCCUCUUUUGAGCUGGCACAAAAUGACACUGAACCAUGUGAACAUCAGUUGGACCUGCUGGUUGAUGUUAUAGACUUUCUUUCUUCAGAACACACAGAAGCAUCUGAGGAUGAGAGCUACAAUGAGGCUGCUCAAACCCUGUUGACUAUCGGCAACCUGGCUCACCUCUCUCAAUCAGCACAGAAUCAAAUAGCCACACAAGAUCACAUAUCCGGUACAACGUCAGUCAGUGUGAAAGAAACCAGCCAACACCUAGAAGAAGAGAUUUUAUCAAAGCCUGCUGCACAAGAGGAAAACAGUGCUGUUCCUCAUAUGGCUGCAACUCCUGGUCAUGGAGUCACAGAAACAUCCGAAACCAUUGCCACUGUGGAGCUACAAAACAGAACAAAAGACGAUGGUGAAACUAGUGUCCUCUGGACAGAUUCUGAUAUGGACCCUAACCCUCAACUGCAGUCAAGUCCAGAGAGCUCAAAGAAAAAUUCUCCAAAAACCAGGAGAGGACGCGUUUCCAAGGUGAAACCAAAACCAAACCUAGACCAAGCCUCAAAGACUGCUCAGUCAAAAUUCCAACCAGAGACAUCAACAGUAAGGACAGCUGAAGAGAGCCACACAAUUGCCCCUCAACUUUCUCAAGCCACUGAGACAGCUGCCAAAGUAUCCCCUAAGAUAGCAGAUUGUAGUCAACAAUUGUUAAAAGAUGAAAUCAAACUUACAAAAGAACCAUCUAGCACCCAAUUGGAACCCAUUUUGGAACAGGCCACCAGACACUCAAGGUCAACAUCUGAGUCCAAACAUGACAUACUGAUGUCAAAUGUUGGGACAACUAAGAGUAGUUAUAACCUGGUGACAUUUGACCCAGUGGUCACAGAAUCGCAUAUUGGACAAGGGACUAAUAUAGACUCAGCCCCAGUCCAAGAGAGCAGCGACCAUCUUGCUUCAUGUUUUACACCUGCGGAAGAUUUACCUGUCAGUCAGAAAGAAGAGAGUGAGGAAACACCAACUCGCCAGACCAGGAAGAGUCGAUUCCAGAAAGUCAAACCCAAACCCAACCUAACACCGACAUCAAGAACCGUACAUUCCAAACCUCAAACUACAAAAGACACUUUAGAUAAAGACUCCAACCCAACUCUAAACCCCAAAUUACAUGAAAAAGCAACAGUAGAGCUUGAAGCAGAACCAACUUGCACCGCCUCUCCUGAAAAACCAAGUCAAAGCACUGGUCCUGCCUCAGAUCUCUUACCAUCAUUGGAUUUAGGAUCUAAUCUUACACCCACAGAGGAACUAUAUACACGAGAUAUUGUUCAAGUAGAAUCAGAUGCAGCAACAUCAGAUCAUAGUGCCUCAGAAAACCGGAACUUUUUUGAUUCCAAGUUUGAAUCUAGUGUGGAACAGAACAGAGAUGCAAGGCCAACAUCCACAGAUGAAAAAACAAUGUCCCAUGCUGGUACAACUGAGAGUAGUUGUAGUAAUCCACUGACAUCCGACUCAGCCACAGGAUCACAAGUUGGACAAGACUCAAACAUAGAGUCAGCCCUUGUCCAAGAAAGUAGCGACCAUCCUGCUCCACGUGUUACACCGAUAGAAGGGUUACCUGUCAGUCAGGAAGAAGUGAUGGAUAUCGCACCAACUCGCCAGACCAGGAAGAGUCGAUUCCAGAAAGUCAAACCCAAACCCAACCUAGUACGGACAUCAAGAACCGUACAUUCCAAACCUCAAACUACAAAAGACACUUUAGAUAAAGACUCCAACCCAACUCUAAACCCCAAAUUACAUGAAAAAGCAACAGUAGAGCUUGAAGCAGAACCAACUUGCACCGCCUCUCCUGAAAAACCAAGUCAAAGCACUGGUCCUGCCUCAGAUCUCUUACCAUCAUUGGAUUUAGGCUCUAAUCUUACACCCACAGAGGAACUAUAUACACAAGAUAUUGUUCAUGUAGAAUCAGAUGCAGCAACAUCAGAUCAGAGUGUCUUGGAAAACCAGAACUUCUCUUAUGCUCAAUUUGAAUCUAGUGUCGAACAGGACACCAGAAACACAAGGCCAACAUCCACAGAUGAAAAACCGAUGUCCCAAGCUGGUACAACUGAGAGUACUUGUAGUAAUCCACUUACAUCUUGCUCAGCAACAGGAUCACAAGUUGGAAAAGACUCAAACAUAGAGUCAGCCCCUGUCCAAGAAAGCAGCGAACAUCCUGCUCCAUGUGUUACACCUGUAGAAGAGGUACUUGUCAGUCAGAAAGAAGGGAUGGAUACCGCAUCUACUUGCCAGACUAGGAGAGGUCGAUUACAAAAAGUCAAACCCAAGUUAUCACAGAUAUCAAGAACUGUGUGGUCUAAACCUCAAACUACAAAAGACCCUGUUACAUACAUGCUUGUAGAGAAACCCUCAAAUCCACCUUCCAGACCUGAAUCCACUGACAACACAAUAACAGAGGGAGAAGCACAGCCAACAUGCAGUAGCACCCCUCCUGAAAAACCAGGCCAAAUUAAAAGUACUACCACUGAUUCAGUUUCGGUACCAUUGUUGGAAUUAGACUCAACUCACAAAUCCACAGAGGAAUUUCAUUCAACUGAGGCCCAAAAGACAAAUGUUGGUAGUGCACUAGACUUAAACUCAGAGGGCUCAGAACAAAAUGCACCUCAAAGAAGGCAACGCUUUCCCAAGGUCAAACCCAAUUUAGGAUCAUCCACUAGAACUACCCAAGCAAAACUUCACUUAAAUUACACCAGUAAACCCUCAGAACAGUACCAUAUGGACACAUCUUCAAAUGUAACCUCAGAACAACUUUCUGUGGACAAGAACGAUGCACAAACAGAACUGAAACUCGCAGAGAAAAACAGCAAGCACUUGACAUCAACACAUUGUUCAUUACAUUCAGAACUUCUCAGCUCAACAAAUUUAGGACCCUCAGAGUCACUAGACAGCACAAAUGAUGAGCGUACUUCCUCUGAUUGUAUCACUAUAGCAACAUCCUGGGUUGCUGAGAAUCAGUCUAUGUUGACAGACUCAGUUCUUGAACUUAGGGGUAGUGAAACACCUACAUUUGAAGAGGAAUCCAUAGGGGACACAAUGUCAAAUAAUGACAAGGUGGAGGCUGGACCGGGUUCUCAAUGGGACUGCAAACAGGACUUGUCCAUUAGAGUUACAGCGACAAAUACCCAACUAACAGAUGAUCCAACUGCAGUUUCAAAUGUCCAGUCUUCAGAAGAUGGUUCAACUGUGUCAAAAAUGAAAUCUAUACUCCCUACUUACACACAGUCCAAACCAGAUGCAAAAGAAAGCACUCAGCAGCCACGUUCAGAGAAUGACUCAGAGGUUCAAAGUCAAGAUGCAGUCCAACAAUGUUCUGAAACCACUAAAACUAAUCAAACAUCUGCCCAAAGCAGUGAUGAUAAUCAGUCAGAGAAAACCGACUCUUCCAAGUCCUCAAGAAAAGCUCCUCAGACUCGUAGAGGCCGGCUAGUUAAACCCAAACCCAACCUGGCACCCAGCAGCCGACCUCCAAAACCCCAACAAGUCCGGAAUACAAAAAAAGCAGGAUCAGAUUCUGGUACUCACUCAGAAGGUGUGGAUGCUUCGGUUUCCCACAAAUCUGUGUCUGAGCUCCGACCUGACUUUCAACAACCAGUAGAGGGACCUAUUGAACAACAAAGUAUUCAAAAUCCCCACCCAAAUGAUGCUGCGUCCUCUAUUGGCUGUUUGACACAAGCACCUGACAAUUCUACUCAGGAUGCAUCAACAUCAAUUACAGGAGAGACCCAAAGUCUCACAAUAUUUCCGGACUUGCUGUCGGAGCAGGUGCCUUCAGAUCCAGAUGAACCGUUUUUCAUCCUCUCUCUGACUGAGAUCCCAGUCUGCUCAUCAGGGGAGGUGGUGGACAGUGUGUGUGAACCCUUCCCUUAUCUUCCUGUAACAGAUACAUCAAUACAGCAACAGAGUGUUCUGGGAGAGAGUUUGGCAGCAGCUGGACAUGGGUCUCUCUCUAAUGUAGCUGUGCCUGUGUCCAUGGAGGAAAGUGGUGAGACAGGCCUCAUCAAUGUAAUAGAUUUUGGGCCGGAUCCAGCUGCAUAUAAAAGUUUGAUGGAGAAUCCAGUGGAUCCACAUGAGAGGACUACAGUUCAGUCAUCCGAAUUUCCAGAGACUGUAGAGAAUAUUGAUGAGAGUGAAAUUCCCCCUACAACGCAGAGACUAAUGGGCACUAGAAGAGGAGCCAAACUGCAGGUUACGUCCAAUACUACAACGACGAUGCGAGCCAGCAAGACCCUUGCUGCAAAGGAGUCAAUUCCAGUCCAAGCAAACACCACCCAGGACUCGGAGCUUGCUGGGCCUUCUGUGCAGCCAAAAGCCAUUAAUGAGCUCAUCACUGAGCCCCAGAAAAGAAGUUGUGAGCAUAUAGACAUUGAGAAGGAGACUCUAAUAGAUGGCAAAGACCAUGAAAAUAGCAGCUCAGGAGCACAAACUGCACAGACUAGGCGAACUAGUAGUAGGAAUAGAAAAUCCGAAGUCUUACCUGCUUUCCCUUCUGAGACAAAGAAGACUGCCCCUUCGAGCGAUUCUCCACCUGGUAAAGCAUCUUCCAAGGGCCGUAAGGUCAAAACUCCACGCGCAGCAGGGAAACGAUCUACGCAAGCUCCUGUAGCGUCAACAUAUGAUGUCACUCCCACACCCAGUCCAACACUGCCGCAAGAGGAAACCCACUUAAUAUUGCCUCCCACAUCACCAACACAGACAGAAAUGGACAUCAAACAGACUUCUGAGCACAGCCAACUAUGCUCAGAUCCAACUUACAGCACUUCUCAAUGUACAGCUGAGGGUUCCCAGGUAAGUGAUGUUGUAGAGAGCAGCUAUAUAGAAGAGGAGGAGCCCACCAGUGUGUCUCAGUACUUCUUAAGUGACAUUUUUACAGAAGUGGAAGAAGGAUAAAAGCCAUAGAGAGUGAAAGGAGGAACGUGUUGGUGUCUUGCCUUUUAUUUUAAAUGUUUUUGUUUUGUAUGUUUGUAAAGGUUAAUUUAUAACUAAAAUAUUGGGGGGGGGGGGGGUUGCAGUCAGUUGUAAUGAAGUGAAGCUAAAUUUACUACACUGACAAAUACAUUUCAUUCAAGCACUUUGAGUGUGUACAGUAGUUUGAAUUUACUGAAAUGCCUUUUUUUAAAAGGCCAUUGGUUCAAAUAAGUAUUAAACCAUACACAUUAAUAACUGAAACGCUGUUAAAUUGCUAGUUUGACUCAAGCAGGCUUUCCCAAUUAUUAAUUAUUCUGUUUCAAGCCUCUGAUUCCCUAAUUUGGUUAAGUACCUAUGAAAAUGUAAAUAUUGUACAAUGGCAAACUGUUUAUUGAUAUAUAUAUAUUUUUUUCUUCUCAUGUCUGUUAAGUUUUAACACAGACUGUUGUCAAACAUUGGUCUCAGGUAGAAAAACAUAACCAGAUUACUUGACAUCAUGUACAGUUGUACCUUUAGAUUUACUGUACCCUUUUUAAUGCCUCUUCUGUGUGUUUUUGUGCUCGUUUUUAAAUUAUCCCUUCUAAUCUGAAACAAAUUUUUGUUUGCAUUUGACAAAGAAGGAUGUCCUAAAAAAUGGCCUUUCCUUCUAGAAAACAAGACAUCAAACAGAAUUUCAUUUAGUAAAAACGACAUCAUUAUAUUCUGCAAUUUCACCCCAUACAGAGCAGAGGUAGUUUAGAGUAUUUUAUUUUCUACAAACUAGCAUAGGACAUUUUUAUAUACUGUAAAUAGUGUAGAUCAGUUGAACGUUAAGAGGUCCUUGUAAAGAUAUUCAGCAUUCAGAUUAUGUUUGAUACUUGAAAUAACACAUCAUGUGUUAUGUACCUUAAAUGUUUCAUUACUUAAUUAAAGGUAAAAUGUGGAAAUAUGUAAGAUCUGAAUAAAAUGUAUUCUUCCAUCAUAAUAUGA